AUGUAAGGUACAUUAUAAUAUAAAAACUCUUAGCUUGGCCUAAAAAAAAGCAUUAUAAUUUGAUACUAAAUUAAAAAAAUGGGUUUUUAGAAUUAAAUAAUCAAAGAUUAAUCAAUAAUAGAGAAGAUGCAAUCUAAAUUUAUUAUUCAUAAUUGAGAUCCAUUAUCUGCAUAUUCUAAGAGUAUUAAUAGAUUAGUAAAAAAACUACUUUUCUUUUUUAUAUUAUUGAAGGUUAAUCAAAAGAAUAAUAAUCUUUAUAUGAUGAUCUAGAAUUCAGUUUUAAAAUUAUAAUAUAAAUAUUUAUCAAUAGUUUUAUGUAAAUUUAAUGCUGGCUUCAGGUGUAUCUAUUGAUUGUAAAUUUAAAUUUUUAUUUAGUUGUUAUGCACAAGGUACAAAGCCUAAUAAGAAGGAUUGAGUUUAAGAGUUUAUUGCUUAUAAAUUAUCGUAAAACUGUUAGGGUAUAUCUUAAAUAUUUGCCAUGAGAUCAAAUGA